AUGCGUCGUACCGCAGCGACCACCACCGACCACCACUCACCACCACCGACCACCACUCACCACCUCCGACCACCUCCGUUCACCACCAGACUCAUCAACAGGACCACAUCGAGCCCCGUACUCCUUUCAGACACAUUAAACAAAGAGAGGCGAGGGGCGGCGAGUGACGUUCUUCACCAGUUCUCCACGACAGCACCCUGCACCAGUUGCUGCGGACCCUCGCGGGAGUGCAGGCUCACAGCGCGGCGGCUGGUGACGUGUUCCGUGAGCUCGCCGACCUCCCGAGUGUGUUCGCGGGCCUGUGAUGACGGCGGGGCAUGCUGUGCGGCGCCGCGCGGGCUCCGGCACUCGCUCCGCUACUCGCUGGCUCCGACGUUGCGACGCACCCCUUCACCCUUCACCUCUCACCCUGCACCCUGCGACUCUCGGUCACGGACCGCGCAUGCGUCUAAUAAGUCCGCGCACAAACGUAUGGACACUCGUCACUUGAAGAUCUUCCCCUGGUUGAAAGGCCGGCCCUGCUUGUCGCUGCCGCUCCAUGAGAAGUACUGCUGCACCAGCUGCUUCGUCUCCUCGCUAGACGGGUCCAGCUUCUUCCAGUCGUACGACUCGUAG